UAUCAUUUCCUUCUCUAGAAUCGCGUGUCGUUCGCCGGAUCUCCGCAUCGUUCAACAUCCCCUCGCCGUCGCCGGCGUUUCUCUUCUUCGUCAGAUCAAUUCUCAUCUCUUUCCAGGGAACGAUGAGUCGCGUGUUCGAAGGAUACGAGAGGCAAUACUGUGACAUUUCUGCUAAUCUCUCCAAGAAAUGUACUUCAGCUUUUGCUCUUGACGGAGAACAAAAGAAGCAGAAGCUAUCUGAAAUCAAAUCUGGAGUUGAGGAUGCUGAAACAUUGGUUAAGAAAAUGGACCUUGAGGUGAGAAGCCUUCCACCAAAUGUCAAAUCCAACCUCCUUGUGAAACUAAGGGAAUACAAAUCCGAUCUGAACAACUUCAAGACCGAAGUGAAGAGACUCACAUCUCGAAACCUAAACGCUUCUGCUCGAGAUGAGUUGCUAGAAGCUGGUAUGGCAGACACCACAACGGCUUCAGCUGAUCAAAGAUCAAGAUUGAUGAUGUCAACAGACCGAUUAGGCAGAACCAGUGACAGAAUCAAGGACGGUCGGAAAACGAUGCUUGAGACUGAAGAGCUUGGUGUUUCGAUCCUUCAGGAUUUGCAUGGACAGAGGCAGUCUCUUUUACGCGCACAUGAGACGCUUCAUGGAGUUGAUGAGAACGUGGGGAAGAGUAAGAAGAUAUUGACAGCGAUGACUAGGAGGAUGAAUAGGAACAAAUGGACUAUUGGGGCUAUCAUCACUGUCCUUGUCAUUGCUAUUAUCGUCAUCUUGUAUUUCAAACUCACCAGGUGAAGAAGCCUUCCCUGGUAAAAUAUUUAUGUUGCUGAACAAUUUUUGUGUCUUCUCUUGAGUGUAUGUUACUGCUUUUGACUCUGUUAAUCAAAGUUUCUACUAUUUGUAUCUCUUGUGAUUGGUUUGGUGAGG